AUGGGUAUCUCCAUCAACUCGGCCGUGAACAGUGGCUUUUGCGGCCGCGUCAACCUCAAAGGCCCAAUCAACAAGGUCACUGGCGUUUUCAGCGCAUUGUGCACGGUGGACAUUGGCGGCGCGAUCGCCUACAUGAGCCAGGUCGUGACGUUCAUCAAUCUCAUUGUGGUUCAUUGCCAGGACUUCCUGGAUGUCAGUGCACUCUGUGGAGCAAGCAUCUCAGGCAUCAUCACGUCCGCCGCAGCCAUGGCUCCUUAUGGCGCUGCCGUGCACGCUGCAUGUGCCGAGGAUGUCCUGAAGAAUCCCAAGAAGCAAGAGCUCCUCAACGGCCUCUACACGGUGCCCACCUUCCACCGCCGGUUGGAGGAAGUGAAGAAAGUGGAGGAGUUGAAGGAUGCCAUGGCCAAUCUGAAGGACCUGCGCCAAAAGUUGGAGGCCAAGCUCGGCUUCAAUGCCUCGGUGCCGACCAUGUAUUCCGAGGCGAACCUGGAGCAGAUGAUCCAACUGAUGAACGAUGGAAUUGCUGGCGAUGCGGAGACGUCGUCCAUGCGCGGGUCUUCGGAGUUCACGAAGGCGAUCACUCUGACGCUAGUCUUGAUUCUCAACGCAUACUCGAGUGAGCUGCAGAAGCUGAUCCAUUUCUACGUUGGUGUGUUGAAGCUUGACCGGACUUGCCAAACCGCUGCCUUUAUAGGCGGCAACAUGCGCAACGGCUAUGUUCUGCCGUUGUUGUUGAUAUGCAUCGAGCUCACCUCCUGUGACAAGGCGGUGAGGUCGCCUGCAUUUGCCUUGGUGGACGACGAUCCUUGCUUGCGCGACCCCGACAGUCAGGACUUUCAGUGUGGCACAGCACUUCUACAGAGUGGUAACCGGCGCCUACCGCCUCGGAAGGCGGCAUACCAAUCCGAAGCUUCCAAAGAUGCCAAGAAGGCAGGUGCACCUCUCCUCGAGGACUUGUUAGAAGUGGCCAGCAAGGCCAGCUACAAUGCGAGCUUCUUAGGGCAACUGGAAAGCUUGGUCUCAGAUCCGAGCCUCGGAGCCAAGGGAGUCCAUGGAAGCCUUCGCUUCCUGCAAGAGGAGCAUUCGAUCCGUCUCUCUACUUGCGAUGCUGAGCUUCGGUUGCGACUUGAGAGUGAGCUGAAGCUCACUGAACUCUACAACCGGUGGCUGCAUCUGGACAAGGCCUGUCAAGCUGACGAGCAUCUCCUUCGGCAGGAGCUUGACUUGUGUUUGCAAGCGCAGGCGGCGGAGAAGCGGGAAAAUCAAACGUCGGGCUGCGCGGAGCACAACAGGUUGCUGCAAACAAAAGUGAAGGAGUGUUCUUCCAUCCGAGCAGCAACGCGGUCAACCGGAUGUGCACGUGCUUCCCAGGCUGCCCAAUCCUGCAGCUCGUACAGUGUCUGCCGCACGCGCAUGUCUGCAGCUUUGGCACAAGCAGGAACAGCAGCCAAAGCGGUCGUCAGUGGACAGCAUCAGACCCUUGUCUUGGGUUUGGUUGCUUCCAUGGCGGCCGCGGUGGUCAGCGAAGAGGUGGAGGCCGAGCUUCCCUUGCCGGCCGUGGCGCUACAGGAGGAGAGCCUGUUCGAUGUCACGGAUGAGACAGUGGAUGCUGUCCUGCUGUUCUUGGGUUUGGACAAUGCAGGCAAAACGACUUUGCUGCAGAUGCUGAAAAACGACCGCAUGGUGGCGCAAGUCCCGACUCUCCACCCACAAAGCGAGGAGCUAAUUAUCGACAAGGUCCGGUAUAAGGCCUUUGACCUCGCCGGUCACGAGAUCGGCAGGCGCUUGUGGAAGGAUUACUUUCCAGUUGCCAGUGCCAUUGUGUUCCUGGUGGACUCCGCAGAUAGAAGCAGGUUUCCAGAGGCUGCAGAGGAGUUGAAGCACCUCCUGCAGGAGACGGCUCUGAGUGCUGUGCCGAUUGCAGUGCUGGCACAGAAGGUGGACCUGCCAGGUGCGGCAUCGAAGGAAGAGUUUUCUGGUGCCCUGGGCGUCCCAAAAUCCUCGGAUCGCAACAUCGAGGUGUUCAUGUGCAGCGUGAUGGAGCGCAAGGCCGGAUGUUUCUACCAUGUUCUUGGCGUAGCCAUUUCGGCCCAGUCAAUCACGCAUCCAGGCAACAUGUCGAGCACAGACAUUGCCGAGUUCGCGCGCAGAGCUUCGGAAGUGAUGAUUAUUGGUGGGGCCUACAUAUCUGUUUCGGCAGGACUCAUUACGUUCAACAAGUACUUGAUGCAUGAAGGUCGUUUUCCUCACGCCCUGCACCUCACUGCAGUGCACAUGGCUAUGACAACCAUGCUUUCCGUGAUGCUGUACGGUGCUGUGCCGUCCAUCUACCCUUCGAUGAACAAGGCCAUCGAGAAUCGAGGCUUGUUGAUGCGAUAUUUGGUGCCACUGGGUGUCUUGUUCGCCGUCGCGUUGGCCUGCUCCAACCAGGCAUAUUUCUAUUCUAGUGUUGCGUUCCUGCAGUUCUGCAAGCAGGGCAAUAUUGCUUUCAUUUUCUUCGCAUCUUGCUUGCUCGGGCUACAGACCUUCAGCUGGCAGAAGCUGAUGGUUCUGUCCAUCGUCGUCACCGGCUGCUGCAUCUGUGCCCAUGGAGAGAUCAAAUUCCAGAUGCUGGGCCUCGUCUUUCAGUUGUCAUCGCAAGUCGCGGAAUCUUCCAAAAACCUGCUGGGCGAAAUCAUUCUCACUGGUGCAGGCCUCAAACUUGAUGUCCUGACAUUCGUCCUUUUUCAAGCACCGUUCUCUUUGGUUCCGCUUAUGGCCGGAGUCAUUUCCACCUGGUCACCGGAAGUCUUUCACGACUUCGUGAACAUGUGGUGGGUCGUCCUCCUGAAUGCUGCAGUAGCUUUCUGCCUCAAUGUGCUCAUCGCCCUGACCCUCAAAAGACUUUCAGCGCUCGCCUUCGUGAUCAUUGGUGUUGUGAAGGAUGUCACCAUCGUGGCCAGUUCCAGCCUGGUGUUCGGUGAUCCAAUUUCCCACCAGCAGUACAUGGGCUUCACUGUCACCAUCUGUGGCAUCGUCCUUUGGAGCCAUCUGAAGCUCAGGGAGCAGUGCUCUCAGGAGAAGCCGUCUGAGACGACUCCCCUCGCACCCGCGGAGAAGAAGCCGGUUGAAAGUGCUUGA